AUGUCUUAUGCACAAGAUAGUAAUUCAUAUGUAGCAUCGCCCAUAGAUUUAAAACCUCCUCCAUUCCCAACUAUUGCUACUUCAACUUCUUCAAAUAAACGAUAUAGUAGUAAUGACUUGCUAUCAACAUGUAAAGAUUUAUCAAUCGCAAAAAAUAGUCUUAAAGUUGCAAACCAAGUGUUCAAAGAUUUAAAACAUGAAGAUUUAUCUGCAAAAGGAUUGGAAGUAACCAAAUAUGGUGAAGAUAUGUUAGAAGAAAUUCAAAAUUUGUUAUCUAAAAGUUCUCAUUCUAAAGAAACAAAUGACCAGUCUAGCGAACUUGAAAAUGAUGAGAAUAAAAUAAAUCUUCGAUUUCAAAAUUUUAUUGAAGAGUCCCCUGAUUUUCAAUAUUUUGUAGAUCGUCUUUGGAAUAUCAAUCUUUUAAUUGACAGUACGCGUACGCUUGAGAUUCAUGAAAGAAUCGAUCACCUAAUAGAUGAAAUAAACGAUGCAAUUAAUAAAUUGAGGGUAGCAAUCAAGAAUUGGAAAUCUAAACAAGGUGGUUGGAAUCUAAUUAGAAGUAAAACUUUUUCCUUUGUCAAAUUUCUUUCGAUUCCAAGAAGACGAUUUGAUAAUAAAUUUAAGAUCAAUGAAAAUGAUCUUUCGGAGGGUGAGAUAGUUAUAGGAAGUAAAAAGCAUAUAUCUCAACGAAUUUAUCGAAAAUAUACCAGAGUUGCUGAAAAGAUUGUUGAGAAUUGUGAUAAUGACGAAUUGAAAAAAGAAAUUAAAUAUAUGCAAGAACUUGAAUGUCCAAAUAUUCUUAAAUUCUACGGGUACUGUCAUCGAUCCAAUGGCAUCUCCGUAAUUACACAUUGGGUUGAAUAUAACUUGCAAUCUUACCUUAUUGAUAAACCUGAAGAUUCUAAUUUAACGUCAGAUAACAAAUUAUUAAUUGCGCGCGGAAUUGCCAAUGCAUUGGAUUUCUGUCAUGAAAAAAAAAUUUUACAUGGUGAUAUCAGAACUUCUAAUAUAUUGCUGGAUAAAUAUUUAUAUCCUAAACUGUAUAAUUUCCAAAUUCCUAAAGAAUCUUCGAAGUCAACAUCAUCUAUACCGAUUGAUAUGUUAACGUGGAAUUCACCAGAAAGAAUUCGCGGUGAAGCAUACACUAAAGCUAGCGAAGUAUACAGUUUCGCUCUAGUUAUGUGGGCGAUCGAGUAUCAACAACUACCCUUCGUUACCUUAUCCUCGGAGGAAGAAAUCAAACGCACAAUACUUGACGGAAACCGUCCUGAACUUACAUCAGAAGAUGAUGAAUACCAAAAAAUUAUUAAAAAAUCGUGGUCUCAAGAUCCUUCUUCACGUGAUACUAUGAAAUCGAUCCUAGAGCAUCUGAAUAAAUUAAUAAAUUCUUCUGGGAAAGAUGCUAAUGACGAUUUUGAUAGCACGGAUCAUAUAGAUCUAUCAAAUAAUGGAAUUUUAAGACGUAAUAGCCACAUUCGAUCUAGUCAAUAUUCAACCCCAUAUAAAGACAUAGAAAGAGGUAUUGAUUUCCAUAAACAUAAGAAGUAUAAAGAUGCAUUGGAUAUAUUUCAAAAUUGUUAUGAUUCAAAACAAAAUGAUCCAAAUGCAAAUUUCUGGAUCGGAUUUUAUUACGUUAAAGGUUUUGGUGUAAAAAGUGAUGAAAAAAAAGGCAUUGAGUACCUCCAAAAAGCAUCUGAAUUACAACAUCCGGAAGCCCAAUAUUGGUAUGCGUUAACUUUGUUAAAUACACCCGUUCCAUUUGAGGGUGAUAGGUACAAGACCGCGAUGGAAUAUUUGAGAAAAUCAGCGAGGCAGAACAAUCUUUUUGCGUUGGAAAAAUUGGGAAAAAUUGUGCAGAAGGGACAAUAUUAUCAAAAAGCAGAACCUAUCAUUGGAAAACGGAUGAUUGAACAAGCUAAUAAACUUAAAAUGGAAAGUAGAAAACAUACUACCUAA